UAUUGUGUAUAUGCUCCUGUCACGCCAUUUUGAUCGACAAAAGAAAACACCCAAAUUCUGCGAGACACCGAUUGACCGUGUGUUUGUACGUGUGUGGUGUAACAACUCCAUACUGGUGGUCAGAGGCUGAGCUGCGAAAGAGAAAUAGAAUAUAUGGAAGGAAACGUUGGAAGAGAUAAAGAAUCCCACGAUACCAUGGAUCAUAAUGAGAAUAAUGAGGCUAAUCAGACUACUAUUCCUCCUUGUUGCUUGAAAGCCCGAGCUUUCUCCCCUGAUGCUGAGCUUGAAGCCAACUGUCAUGAAACAGUGGUUUCAGGAUGGUUCUCUGUGCAUCAGACUACAUCUGAUAAAGUGGGCAAAAGAAUGUACUUCAACAACCCCAUGUGGCCAGGAGAAGCACAUUCAUUAGAAGUAGAAAAUAUUUUGUUCAAAGAAAAAUCAGAGUACCAGGAGGUCCUAGUUUUUGAGUCUGCAACAUAUGGAAAGGUGCUUGUUCUUGAUGGCAUCCUUCAGUUGUCUGAAAGAGAUGAGUUUGCCUAUCAGGAGAUGAUAACACAUCUUCCCCUUUGUUCCAUCAAAUCACCCAAAAAUGUUCUGGUGGUGGGUGGCGGUGAUGGUGGAGUUCUUAGGGAAGUUUCUCGUCACACCUCCGUAGAGCUGAUUGAUAUAUGUGAGAUAGAUAAGAUGGUUAUAGAUGUUAGUAAGAAGUUUUUUCCGGAGUUAGCUGCUGGCUUCGAGGAUCCACAUGUUCAUCUCCAUAUUGGUGAUGCUGUUGAGUUUUUACGGCAUGUGCCCAAAGGAAAGUACGAUGCCAUUAUUGUUGAUUCAUCCGAUCCAGUGGGUACGUCGUGUGAUCAUUUUCUCAAUAAAAAGAGGAGCAAAUUUUCUACAUGUCGUGACGUAUUCGUUGUUGUAGGUCCUGCUCAAGAGCUUGUGGAAAAACCAUUCUUUGAGAUGGUGGCAAGGGCAUUGCGACCUGGUGGUGUUCUUUGUAACAUGGCAGAAAGUAUGUGGUUGCACACUCAUCUCAUUCAGGAUAUGGUCUGCGCGUGCCGUGAUAUAUUCAAGGGGUCCGUUCACUAUGCAUGGGCAAGCGUACCCACGUAUCCUAGUGGUGUGAUUGGGUUUAUACUGUGCUCAACGGAGGGGGGUUCAGCUGUAGAUUUUAAAACUCCUGUAAAUCCCAUUGAGAAGGUAGAGGGAGCAGCGGAGUUAAAAUUCUACAACUCUCAGAUGCAUAAAGCUGCAUUUGCGUUACCAUCGUUUGUGCGGAAGCAGGUGAGCUGCCUUUGAAAUAGAAGCUUCUAGAAGUGUAGUGUGUGUGUGAGAGAAGUUGGAGGUGGUGUUGUGAAUAUAGAUUAAGUUAUGGCUUUUAUUAUU